AACAAGAGAUUACAAUACAAAGAUAAGAUCAUUAAAGAUCAAAGAAACACCAACAACUCAAGAACCAAUCAUUUCCUCAACUUCACAAGAGCUGCAACUCAGCCACAACCAGGUAUUGGACCGCUACCUCGAACUUAUGUCCAGCUUCACAGACACAAACAUCUAUCGAACAAAGUUACAACAAGUGAUGCAAGUCUCAUCAAAUCAAUUGGAGAAUGUCAUAACGUAAGUCCCUUCGAUGGAUCAAUCACAAUCAAUCAAUCA